CAAACUACUGCAGUAGAGUGUCGGGCAGAGCAUAUGGAGACUAACAGCAGAGAAACACUGCAGGCAGACUUUGAUGCAUUUGAUAUUUCUGAGAAGCUUGGAUUUCUCCUUGAAGAGCCACUGACUGACCUUCCAGACUAUUAUCGGGAGUGGUUAGACCUGGCAAACCAUCUCACACAUCUGAUAGAGGCACGGAAACUACGGGAUCUGAUUCACAAGAUGCCGGUGUUGAGUCCCCAUCUCUUGAGUGACCAUCGGGAGCUCAGGCUGGCUCACCUAGCGCUGGGGUUCAUCAGCAUGGGAUAUGUAUGGCAGGAAGGACAAGAUGCACCUGCUCAGAUUCUGCCCAAAGCCCUGGCCUUGCCCUAUUGGCUGGUAUCUUGUAGGCUUGGCCUUCCACCCAUCCUGACUUACGCGGAUUCAGUUUUAGCCAACUGGAAAUUAAGGGAUCCCACAGGGAAUAUGGAAAUCGGGAACAUGGACGUGAUAUUUUCCUUACCUGGUGGGGAGAGUUGCAGGGGAUUUUUCAUGGUGUCAUUGUUGGUUGAGCUGGCUGCCAGUUCAGGCAUAAUAGGGGCUCUGGAGGUGAUGCAUGCUAUGAAAAUCUCAGACCUCAUCGCCAUACAGAAAGGUCUCGUAAAAGUGACUCAGUCUUUAAAGAAGAUGAAGGAAACUUUCAAACUCAUGCACAACCAUGUGGAUCUAACUGCAUUUCAUGGAACAUUGAGGAUUUUUUUCUCAGGAUGGCAAGACAACCCCAAGCUUCCAAGGGGGCUGUUGUAUGAAAGUGUGAGCAAUGAGCCAAUUUCGUUGUCAGGCGCAAGUGCAGCCCGGAGUUCAGCCAUUCAGUGCUUUGAUGCCUUGCUGUGCAUCCAGCAUGAGGAUGAGGCAGGUGCCUUCCUGACAAGCAUGAGGGAUUACAUGCCUCCCGCCCACCGUCAGCAAAUAGAAGCUCUGUCUGUCUGUCCAUCUCUGCGAGACUUCAUCCUGUCCAACUCCAGCUCUGAUCUCUGCCAGGCCUACAACUCCUGUGUCUCAGCGCUAGUGGAUUUACGGAAGUACCACCUCAAUACCGUGACCAAGUACAUCAUCGUGGCUGGUAAUCGCGCCUGCGCCAUGGGCUGCCCGCUGAGAGGCGUGGGCACUGAGCUGAACGCCACAGGGACCAGCGGAUCCAGCUUCAUGGUCUUCCUAAAGAGUGUUCGUAACACCACUCAAAAAGCACUGAUCUUCAAGGGGCCGGCUGUAAUUUAA